AUGGGAGCUAAGAAGGUGUCGUACUUCUUCAACCCGGACGUGGGCAACUUUCACUACGGUCCGGGGCAUCCUAUGAAACCUCAUCGACUUUCGGUCAUUCAUCAUCUGGUGAUGAACUAUGGACUGCACAAAAAGAUGCAAAUUUACAGACCAUACAAAGCCAGUGCGCAUGAUAUGUGCCGGUUUCACAGUGACGAAUACAUCGAGUUCCUGCAGCGGGUUACUCCGCAAAACAUUCAGGGCUACACUAAGUGUCUUUCCGUGUUCAACGUCGGUGACGAUUGUCCGGUGUUUGAUGGGUUGUUUGAGUUUUGCGCCAUGUACACCGGAGCCUCUUUGGAAGGCGCACAGAAGCUAAACCACAAUCACAGCGACAUCUGCAUCAACUGGUCCGGUGGUUUGCACCACGCGAAAAAGUUCGAAGCGUCCGGCUUUUGCUACGUUAAUGACAUUGUGAUAGGUAUCUUGGAACUGCUCAAGUAUCAUCCGCGCGUACUGUACAUCGAUAUCGAUGUACAUCAUGGGGAUGGUGUGCAGGAAGCAUUCUAUCUGACCGAUCGCGUUAUGACGGUAUCAUUCCACAAGUACGGCAACUACUUCUUCCCCGGCACGGGCGAUAUGUACGAGAUAGGGGCCGAGUCCGGACGCUACUAUUCGGUAAACGUUCCGCUGAAGGAAGGCAUCGACGAUCAAAGCUACGUGCAGGUAUUCAAACCAGUCAUUUCGGCUGUCAUGGAGUUCUACCAGCCUACCGCGAUUGUGCUACAGUGUGGGGCAGAUUCGUUGGCCGGCGAUCGGUUGGGUUGCUUCUCGCUCAGCACGAAAGGCCACGGCGAGUGUGUAAAGUUCGUCAAAGAUCUUAACGUGCCAACGUUGGUCGUCGGCGGUGGAGGGUACACGUUGCGGAACGUCGCCCGCUGCUGGACGUACGAAACGUCGUUGCUCAUCGAUGAAACCAUCUCGAACGAGCUGCCGAUGAAUGAUUAUCUUGAGUUUUUUGCACCCGACUUUACGCUCCAUCCCGACAUCCCGAGCAGACAGGACAAUGCAAACAGCAAACAGUACCUGGAAGCGAUUACGCGGCAUGUCUACGAUAAUCUGAAGAUGUGCCAGCACGCACCCAGCGUGCAGAUGUUUGACAUACCGGAAGACGCAUUGCCGGAGGAGCUGAAGACGGUCAAGACGGAGGAACCGAACCCCGAUGUGCGCAUUUCCCAGGAGGACGAAGAUCGACUAGUGGAGCCGAAGAACGAGUUCUUUGACGGUGAUAACGACAAUGACAAGAGUGAAAACGAACCCUAG